AUGAGCCGCGACUCGUUUGACCUGAUCCUGUCUAAAAUCGGACCGCUGAUCACCCGCCAGCACACGAACUUCCGAGAGCCCAUCGACCUGGCCCAGUGUCUGGCCGUCACCCUCCGCUACCUCGCCUCAGGUAUGAAGUUCGCCGCGAUGGCGCCCACCUGCCGACUCGGCGAACGGACGGUGCGAGCCAUCGUGUGGGACACGUGUGCCGCCAUCGUGGCUGUUCUCGGCCCGGAGGUGCUGCCGGCCCCGACCGAGGCCACCUGGAGGAGGAGCGAGGCGGCCUUCAAGCAGCUGUGGGACUUCCCCAACUGCGUGGCGGCCAUCGAUGGAAAACACGUCCUGAUCCAGGCACCAGCAAACUCCGGCAGCAUGUACUUCAACUACAAGAAAAAGUUAAGCCCCGUAUUUCUGGCUGCCGUCGACGGUAACUACCGCUUCGUCUACGUGGAGGUGACGCUGCCACAUGUGUUUGUGGCGAACGAGGCGUUCCCUCUCACCACUACUAUCAUGCGGCCGUACCCGGGCCGCACCGAGGCCAGACUCAGCUGGCCAGCGGCGGUCUUCAACUACCGCCUGUCCCGGGCACGGCGCGUGGUGGAGAAUGCCUUCAGCAUCAUGACCCAGAUUUGGCGACUACUGAGACGGCCGCUCAACGUCUCCGUGGACCACGCUUGUCAGCUGGUCUAUACCAUCUGUGUGCUGCACAAUUUCCUACGCCGCAACGACGCUACCGGAGCACUGCCCUGA